AUGAGCGCUGAAGAAGACCCUCUCUUAGCAGCCUUAAACAACGAAACCAACGGCGAUACCGCAACCAAUGGCAAUGCAGAAGAUGCCUCUGUCGAAGCUACCCCUGUAGAUGCAGAAAGAGAAAGAGCAUUGGGUAAAUUCAAGUUCAGAUUGAAUGAACACCGUAAGUGGGACUCCAGAUUGAAGGAGCUUCGUCUAUCAAUACGAGACUUGGACAAAAAUUACGAUAAAACCGAAAAUGAUAUCAAAGCCUUGCAGUCCGUGGGGCAGAUCAUUGGGGAGAUCUUGAAGCAGUUGGACGAUGAACGGUUUAUUGUCAAGGCGAGCUCCGGGCCUCGUUACAUCGUCGGUUGUAGAAACACCAUCAAGAAGGAUCAGUUAAAGAAUGGUGUCAGAGUAUCGCUUGAUAUGACCACUUUGACAAUUAUGAGGAUCUUGCCCCGUGAGGUUGAUCCAUUGGUUUACAAUAUGACGACGUUUGAACCUGGUGAAAUCCUGUUCAAUGGGAUCGGUGGGUUGACAGAACAAAUCAGAGAGUUGAGAGAAGUCAUUGAGUUGCCCUUGAAGAACCCUGAACUUUUCACUCGUGUUGGUAUCAAGCCUCCUAAGGGUGUGUUGUUGUACGGUCCUCCAGGUACCGGUAAAACAUUGUUAGCCAAGGCUGUGGCCGCUACCAUCGGUGCUAACUUCAUCUUCUCGCCUGCCUCCGCCAUUGUAGAUAAGUAUAUUGGGGAACUGGCUCGUCUUAUAAGAGAAAUGUUUGCAUAUGCCAAGGAACACGCCCCUUGUAUCAUUUUCAUGGAUGAAGUAGAUGCCAUCGGAGGACGUCGUUUCUCUGAAGGUACUUCUGCAGAUCGUGAGAUCCAGAGAACUCUUAUGGAGUUGUUAAACCAAAUGGAUGGUUUUGAUACUUUGGGACAAACUAAAGUUAUAAUGGCUACUAAUAGACCAGAUACCUUGGACCCUGCGUUGUUGAGAGCAGGAAGAUUGGACAGGAAGAUUGAAAUAAGUUUGCCUAAUGAAGCUGGUAGACUCGAAAUUUUCAAGAUCCACUCUUCUAAGGUAGCCAAGCAAGGAGAAUUUGACUUUGAAGCUGCUGUGAAGAUGUCUGACGGUUUCAAUGGUGCUGAUAUUAGAAACGUUAUCACUGAAGCCGGAUUCUUUGCGAUAAGAGAGGAGAGAGACUACAUAGUGCAGAACGAUUUAAUGAAGGCUGUGAGAAAGGUUGCAGAACUGAAGAAGUUGGAAGGAAAGCUUGACUACGAAAAGCUUUAA